CUACGCUAUCAGACCAGGCAGCCACAUGACGUCACUUCCUUUUCCGCCUCAGCGCCGUCGCCUGUACAGCACGAGUGUUGAUAUAUACCUCUUCAAUGCGGACUUUUUUUCUGUUAAAGACCGACAAAUAACACUUGCUUGGCAAUUAUGAGACCCAUUCUACUGCAGGGGCACGAGAGGUCCAUCACGCAGAUCAAGUACAACCGAGAAGGAGACCUCAUCUUCUCUGUGGCCAAAGACACUGUGGUAAAUGCGUGGUACUCGGUCAACGGGGAACGCCUGGGCACCUAUAAUGGACACACAGGAGCUGUGUGGUGUGUCGACUGCGACUGGGACACAAAGAAUGUACUGACGGGAUCUGCCGAUAACAGCUGUCGACUGUGGGACUGCGAAACGGGUAAACAGCUGGCCCUGGUCAACACCAACUCCGCCGUGAGAACGUGUGGCUUCGACUUCAGCGGCAACAUCAUCAUGUUCUCCACAGACAAGCAGAUGGGCUACACGUGCUUCCUCAACUUUUUUGACCUGAGGGAUCCACAGCAAAUUGACGACAACCAGCCCUACCAAACAGUGCCGUGUAGCGAGCAGAAGAUCACCAGCGCUGUGUGGGGGCCGCUGGGCGAGUUUGUCAUCGCCGGCCACGACAACGGCGAGAUCAACCAGUUCAGUGCCAAGUCAGGAGAGAUCUUGAAGACGGUGAAGGAGCACAACAAGCAGAUCAACGACAUCCAGUCGUCAGUGGACCUGACCAUGGUCAUCACCGCGUCCAAGGAUAACACGGCCAAACUCUUUGAUGCGUCCUCCCUGGACCACAUCAAGACCUUCAGGACAGAAAGACCCGUCAACUCCGCCUCCAUCUCCCCCAUCAUGGACCACGUGGUGAUGGGUGGAGGUCAGGAGGCCAUGGAGGUGACCACUACCUCCACAAGGAUCGGAAAGUUUGAGGCCAGGUUUUUCCACGCCGUCUACGAAGAGGAGUUUGGCAGGGUCAAAGGUCAUUUUGGACCCAUCAACUGCGUGUCUUUCCACCCUGAUGGCAAGAGUUACAGCAGUGGAGGAGAGGAUGGAUAUGUGAGGAUUCACUACUUUGACUCCCCAUACUUUGACUUUGAGCUGGAGGCGUAAACAACAACCAGUUUGCUGAGCGCUGCCUUCCCUCACAUCAUCAUUUACCACACACAACAGGUCAGGUUUGGGUGUUUUUCCUCAAACCUGUUCUAAGCCCACUUUUCUGUCUACAAUGCAGAAUUAUGGACACAUUUUAUGUAAUAUCAUUCCACCAACAAAGUUACUUUUCAUCAUA